CAUCCGCUUCCGGUUUAGGAUUCCAGGCGCAGAAGACUAGUGCUGCUGGUGGUGGCUGUUGAUCUCCCAGCAUGCCUUUCCUCCACGGCUUCCGGAGGAUAAUCUUUGAAUACCAACCUCUGGUAGAUGAGAUCCUGGGAGCGGUGGGCAUUCAUGACCCGGAGCAAACGGAGGUGCCGCCGAGCACCGGCAGCUACCUGGCCGAUGACGGUGAGAAGUUUCUUGCUUUGAAUGAACUUCUGGAGAGACAUUCGCAGUCGGCGUUCUACCGCGAGGGGAUCAGCUACUCCCUCCUGAAGGUGGCAGAGCUGGGGCUGGUCGCGGCUGCCGAGAUCCUCCUCCAGUACGGCGCCGACCUCAGCUUCGAGGAUCCUGUGACGUACUACACGCCCCUUCACAUCGCAGUCCUCCGGAACCAGCCCGACAUGGUGGAGCUACUGGUUCAGAGUGGAGCGGAUAUUAACAAGAGGGACAGGAUUCAUGAGAGCAGUCCCCUGGACCUGGCCAGCGAGGAGCCUGAGCGGCUGCCCUGUUUGCAGCGACUUCUCGACCUCGAAGCGGAUGUGAACGCAGCAGAUAAAAACGGUAAGACGGCUCUGCUACACGCCCUGGCCAGCAGUGACGGAGUCCAGAUCCACAACACUGAAAAUAUCCGGUUGCUUCUGGAAGGAGGUGCCGACGUAAAGGCCAUGACCAAAGACUGCGACACCGUAUUUUCAAGCAUCAUCUUCCUACUGGGAGAGAUUGUUGGAUCCGAUAAAGAGGAGGCAAAGCUGAUUAACCAUUUCUGCUUCCGGGUCAGCCAGCUGCUGAUGGCCCACGGCGCAGACCCCAGCGAGUGCCCGUCGCACGAGUCCCUCACUCACACGUGUCUCAAAAGCUUCAAGCUCCACUUUCCUCUCCUGCGUUUCCUUCUGGAAUCGGGCGCCUCGUACAACUGUUCCCAGCACGGCCCCUCCUGCUGGUCCGGCUUUCACAUAGUCUUUGACAGGCUGUGCACUUACCUGGGCAACUGCGAGGACUGCGACUCUGUGGACCUUCUGAACAAAGCCGAGGACGUCCUGGAACUGAUGGUCGCCCAGUCUCCGAGGGUCACCCUGCCCAGGAACUUUGACCUUAACACGUCGAGCUGCAGGGUCCACGCUGACAAAGUCAACGCCCUACACCAGUCCCUAAAACAGCUGGAGCAGUCGCCCCCUACCCUGAAGCAUCUGUGCAGGGUCUACAUCCGCCGGAGGCUCAGGCCUUGGCCCGUGGAUGUCAAAGUGAAAUCCUUGCCCCUUCCAGACCGCCUGAAACUCUACCUUCUUAUCCAUCCCGCUGCCUCCUAUGAAGAGGACCUUUAGAGGUGGACCCCCGGGGAGGAGACUUUGUCCCAUGUUCUUUGUUUCCACCUAAGAAAUCGGGUGUCUGCAGAGCAGAGGUGCCCGUCGCCCCCCCAUACAUGUAUUCUCGUGCUUGUGAUCUUAAAGGGUGUAGUAGUCAAUGGCCCAUCCAUUUCAUCAGGGUAUGGAACCCCUUUAAUUGGACCUGAAUUUCUGCAUGAUCCUCUCCUCCGGACCUGACGAGGAGAAUGCGGUAGUCUAAUAAACGGAGAUAUGGUUGUGUGGGACGACGAGGGGUGAAUUUUCCAGUUUGUCCUCAGGAGCUCUACUGGUUCCUAUGGGGAAACUUUAAAGAGGUUCUCUGCUCUACACCGAUCAAUGACCGGUCAUCCAUAUCAGAUUGGUGGGAGUCCGACAAUGAUCGGCUGUAUGGAUGGAUGGAGGCAGGAGGCUGUGUACACUGUGUAGUACCUGGCGCCAACCUACGUAAGCUUAGUUCCUAUUCACUUGAAGGGGAGUUGAGCUGCAGUACCCCGACCCGGCCACUACGCGUUGUAUGGCGCUGUCAACCUCCAGCUCCGGACACUGUAUAGCUUCUGAUGCCACAACAAACUGAAACUGCUGAUUGGUGGGGGUCCGACGCCUGGCACCCCCACCAAUCUGAUAUUGAUGACCUAUCCCGUAGUUCUCCAGCUGUCAUGACACUACAACUCCCAGCCUGCACUAUUGGAGACCACGGCUCUCUGGGAUACAUAUGCAAAAUGGUAACUAAAAAAGGAAACGGGUCUCUACGGCGCCACCUAGAGGCAACCAAGCUAUAAAGCAUAAGUUCUGCUGUCUUAAAGAAUUUGGGGUUGGGUUACCAACCGACCCUAAUGCCUCAUUCA